UGCAACCAUGAACAAUUCCAUAGAGAACUUCGCCGUCCAUGCGGAUAUUAGCUGGGACUCAAAUUAUGUGCCAUCCGCUAUAGAACUCGUAGAAAAUUUAGAUGCAUUGGGUACUGUACUAUUAAGCGUCGGUUCAAUCAUUUUGGUCCUCACAAUAUACUUCUUUGCCAAUGCUUGUCGUAAUAUCCUGUCUCAAAAAGAAUCGGAAUUUUAUAAAACAAAUGCUAUUAUAAUCCUUUCAAUAUAUCCUAUCGCAAGCGUUUGCAGCCUCAUGGCGAUUGCGAUACCAAGAGGCCAGUUACUAUCGGAGGCUGUAACUCAAAUUUUCUUAAUGAUUUCGCUGUAUCGGCUCUAUCUUCUCCUGCUGGAUGUCGGUCGCCGGAAGAUCAGCGAGACGCCAGCGUUGAUGUUACGAGUCGGGCCCUGUUGCUGCUGGCCCUGUCUGCCCUUUCCGAACCUUCAAAUGACCGACGCUAAUUUGUCUUGGAUAGGAAUUUUGGCCCUACAGCUUCCUAUCGCCCAGAGUCUUCUCUAUUUCAUAUUGCUCUAUAUGGAAGCCGAGGAUCCAAUGCUUGCCACGCAAUGUAUUCCGUUUCUUCAGCCAGUUGUGGUUGUCAGCAUACUUCUAGGGAUAUAUAGUUUAACUGUCACCACAAAGACUUUGCAUACAGCAGUUCCAGAAAUCAAGUUACAUUAUAAGACACUACUGUUACAAUUGGUACUAUUAUUCUCAAAGCUGCAGACAGGUAUUAUCAAAGCUUUGCCCGCCACAGGCGUAUUUCCGAGUAAUCCACCUCUCACUCCGGCAAUUUACGCCAACGUGACAUGCAAUGCGCUGAUGCUAAUCGAAAUGAUGGUGCUCUGCUACACCGCGUGGCACGUAUAUUACGUCGAUCUAGAGAAGAAUCAAGAAGUAGACGCAACGAAUAAAACGCCAAAGACUUCAGGUCAGGUAGACGCGACGAAUAGCAACGACAAUAACAAACAGUUUCCUGUAAUAGUGACUGCGCGAGAUUUAACAAAUCAUCAAAAAAAUUAAUUUUUAAGGACGUUCAUUGAAAAAUUUUCCAAAGGCAUAUUUGACGC